AGGCUCUACAGUAAAAGACCAAAUUUUGUUUUCUUUUAUAGUUUCGGAUACAAAAUACGUGUAUAAAUGAAAGAAACACAAAAUUGAAGUGUCCUGUUGCUUCCGCGCGCGGUACUCUCCGCGAUGGUCCGCAAUCGCGACUCGCCUCUGAAUCAACGGAAACCAACCCUGCGAUGGUCCGGUCUCCGCUCCACUUCGAAUCCCCCGCCCUCACCCGUCGGAUUUCUCCGGGCCCUCUUUCCUCUCCACAUAUAACUGUAGAUCUCCCGGCCAUGUCUCUCUCCUCCUCCUCCUCCGCCGGCUCCAGUUUCUAAGCAUCCUUUUGCUCCAGCGAUGCCGGCUUCUCUCUCGCUCUCCCUUCCCUUCCCAACUGCCGCCCCUCCGGCAUCCGAUCCGUCGGCCGCCGCUGCCCCCUUCGGUGCAUUCUGCAGUUACGGCCUACGGUUCUGCGGCCUCCGCAGGGAGGACUUGUCACUCCGCUCGCUGAAUUGGGCGGCCUCGGGGCGGAUCACCCCGGAUUCCUCCCGGAGGUUCUCGAGGAAGAUCUUGGCCGUGGUGAAGGAUAACGGGAGCCCCGCCAAAGUCUUUGAUUAUGAUCUCGUCAUCAUCGGAGCUGGCGUCGGAAGCCAUGGCGCUGCGCUCCAUGCAGUCCAGAAGGGUUUAAAAACUACCAUUAUUGAAGGGGACAUUGUUGGUGGUACUUGUGUAAAUAGAGGAUGUGUUCCAUCUAAAGCUCUUCUUGCUGUUAGUGGUUGCAUGCGUGAACUUCAUGAUGAGCAUCACCUGAAGGCUCUGGGUCUACAGGUCACAUCUCCUGGUUAUAAUAGACAAAGCGUUGCUGAUCAUGCAAAUAAUCUUGCUUCCAAAAUUCAGAUUAAUUUGACUAAUUCAUUGAAAGCUCUAGGUGUUGAUAUACUCACAGGUGUAGGCACUAUUGUGGGUACACAAAAGGUGAAAUAUGGAAAGGUCGGGUUUCCUGGUACAGAAAUUACAGCUAGGAAUACAAUAAUAGCUAGUGGAUCUGUUCCCUUUGUACCUAAUGGCAUUGAAGUGGAUGGGAAAACUGUAUUCACUAGUGAUCAUGCACUCAAGCUGGAGCGGGUGCCAGAUUGGAUAGCUAUUGUAGGAAGUGGUUAUAUUGGACUUGAAUUUAGUGAUGUGUACACUGCCCUUGGUAGUGAGCCUCAAGCAAGGGAGAAAGGUGAGAAGGAUAUGUUUGAAGUACGUGUUGCUAAGACUAGUUUCAAGGCUAACACAAAAGCUCUGGCAGAGAAUGAAGGCGAGGGGCUCGCUAAGUUGAUAUACAGACCUGAUAAAGGGGAGAUCCGUGGAGUUCAUAUUUUAGGGCUGCAUGCUACAGACCUCAUCCAUGAGGCAUCAAAUGCUAUAGCCCUGGGAACACGUCUACAGGAUAUAAAAUUUGCCGUUCAUGCGCAUCCAACUUUAUCUGAAGUUUUACAUGAACUCUUCAAAUCUGCCAAGGUUAAUGUUGGUCUCCCGUCUUCUGUAAGUCAACCAGUUGCAGCCAAACCAGUCUUUAGAUGAUCUCGGUUAUCAGGAGGAAGCCUUCUCAAAUACCUUAUAACACAUCAAGAAUCUCAUCUUUGUUUCCACUGAAGAUAACGAAUUCGUGGAAAGCUCAGUGGAGCUCUGCUGUUGCUGCUACCGACGGAACGAGAGGUUUUUUCUCUUUCUUCUUG